GGUUGGAAUUGCAAUUUAGGAAAUGUGAGGAAGGCGAAGUAUCCAAUCAAAAUGUGAGACAAUAAAACCCCCUUCACAGCUCCAUCAACCUUAACCCCUUCACCCAAACCUCAUCAAUACCACCUCGUUCCCAUCGCCAUUCUUGCCGCCAUGCAAUCCCUCAACUCCGUCGCGCUCCGCCCCUCCCCUCUCGACCCGCUCCGCUCCGGCGCCCUGCCUGGGAGCACCAGCGCCAGGCUUCCCGCCAAGAAGAAGCUCCCAUUCAAGGUCUCCGCCUCCGCCGCCGCGGCGCCCAAGCGGGAGACGGACCCCAAGAAGCGCGUGGUGAUCACGGGCAUGGGGCUGGUCUCCGUGUUCGGGAACGAGGUUGACGCCUACUACGAGAAGCUGCUGAGCGGCGAGAGCGGCAUCACACUGAUCGAUAGAUUCGAUGCGUCCAAGUUCCCCACCCGCUUCGGCGGCCAGAUUCGUGGCUUCAAUUCCGAGGGCUACAUUGACGGGAAGAAUGAUCGGAGAUUGGACGAUUGCUUGAGGUAUUGCAUUGUCGCCGGGAAGAAGGCGCUCGAGAGCGCAGAUCUUGGCGGGGAGAAGAUCAAUAAGAUUGAUAAGAUCCGAGGUGGUGUUCUGGUCGGGACGGGAAUGGGUGGUCUUCAAGUAUUCUCCGAUGGCGUCAAGGCUCUAAUAGAGAAAGGUCACCGGAAAAUAACUCCGUUUUUCAUACCUUACGCUAUAACAAACAUGGCCUCUGCUUUGCUUGCAAUUGAUCUUGGCUUGAUGGGACCCAACUAUUCGAUUUCCACUGCUUGUGCCACCUCGAAUUAUUGUUUCUAUGCGGCUGCCAACCACAUCCGCAGGGGAGAAGCUGAUUUGAUGAUUGCUGGUGGAACUGAAGCUGCAAUUAUUCCUAUUGGAUUGGGUGGUUUUGUUGCUUGCAGAGCGUUGUCACAAAGAAACGACGAUCCACAAACUGCUUCAAGGCCCUGGGACCAAGAUCGAGAUGGUUUUGUUAUGGGCGAAGGUGCUGGAGUUUUGGUGAUGGAAAGUUUGGAGCACGCAAUGAAACGAGGGGCGCCAAUCGUUGCUGAAUAUUUGGGAGGUGCGGUAAAUUGUGAUGCGUAUCAUAUGACAGAUCCUAGAGCUGAUGGACUUGGAGUCUCGUCGUGUAUUCAGAGUGCCCUCGAAGAUGCUGGCGUUUCACCCGAAGAGGUUAACUACAUAAAUGCACACGCUACUUCCACGAUCGUGGGUGAUUUAGCCGAGCUAAACGCUAUUAAGAAGGUAUUCAAGAAUACUUCUGGGAUCAAAAUAAAUGCAACUAAGUCGAUGAUAGGGCACUGUCUUGGCGCUGCUGGUGGUUUGGAAGCUAUUGCAACAGUAAAAGCAAUUACAAUGGGAUGGCUUCAUCCCACCAUAAAUCAAUUUAACCGAGAGCCGUCUGUAGAUUUUGACACCGUUGCAAAUGAAAAACAGCAGCACGACAUCAAUGUUGCAAUCUCGAACUCCUUUGGAUUUGGAGGUCACAACUCUGUUGUCGCGUUCUCUGCAUUCAAGCCAUGAUUCGGUUCAAGCUUCCAACUGAGUUGCUUGCAGCCGGCUUCCUCGUCUCGUUGUACUAGUCGCUCUCCUUCAGCAUUCCCGGCCGGGCUUAUAUUCGUCUCAACAGGCCCUAAGCUCUAGUUUCUUGAGCACUAGUAUUCCACCCGAGCGUUUAUUUUAACCUCUUCUGGAAAGCAUCAUUUUUGCUUCAAUCUUGUAGCAACAGUUGUGUUAUUUUUAAUUGUAUGUACCUUUGUCUUGAACAACCCCUAAUACUUUUUUUUAUGCUUCUUCA